CCAAAAUGUCCCUUUGGGAUCCGCCCCCUGUGAACUAACUUAUAACUUCGUUAAUAUUACACGUGUCUAGGCUACUUAGGCGCUUAGACCAGUCACUACUUCACUUCCCCGGGCGACAAAUCCAUUCCAACUUGGAGUUUUAUGGUUAGACUUCUAGAUAAUUUUCACUUUAAGGAUUGGCGAUUUUCUCAUCAAAACUUGGCGAUCAACGAGACUGAAAACCUGGCAACCAUGUAUCUCGAGGUGUCUCGUUAUUUGUCGCUUUUUUGAAGUACCAACUUUUGGUGGUCUACUUGAAUAUUUUUUUUUACAAUAUUUGAUCUUUUGUAAUUAUUUGAUGUACGGACACCCAUAUAAUCUGAAGAUUUGAUUUUAUGCGGUAGUACGUGAAUACACGUUUUGUUAGUGGUUUUUUCAAGAUAUUGUGAAAAUCGGUAGGUGUUAAGAUGGGUGACACUAUGCCAGAUUUCUCUAAUCUUUUCUACAACAUUGAAGGCGAUUUGCUUAGCGAAAGAAAAAAGAAUUUCAGAAAACUAUUGGAAAUUCCUUGCUUCAAACAAAAUUCUGAGCAGCUUCACCGAGCUUUGGCUGAUUUGAAGCCCCGCACAUAUCUAGAAGGUUUAUUUAAAGUUGAUGCUCUUAUACACUUUAAAAGAACUGAAGAAUUGUUGGAAAUAUUGAAAGAAGGCAAUGAGGUUUAUAUGAGCAAACUGUUGAAACAGACUUGGUUCAUCAAAGAAGUCUUUGAUAAUAUGACAUGCCAUGAAUUUGUGAACAAAUUCCUACCAACUAUGUCAUAUUCGUUCAAGAUUAAGUUCAUCAAAAAGAUGUGCCUUAUUUGGGAUGAAGCCAAACAUGAUGAGUUAUUUGUUUGCAUUUUUGAUCGCUAUGGCCUCCCCCUGGCAAAGACAAACCUCCACAAAUGUUCUGCAGAAAAAAUCCACAAGACUUUGGAGUUAUAUGAAAUCAAGUUGACUUCGAAUCAAGAGAAGCAUUUAUUUGAUAGAAGCGAAAACAUAUUUUUAGACUACAUUCUUCAUCAUAAUGAAUCGGAAUCUCUUUCUAAAUAUGAUGAACCAAAGGUUAUCGGUUACGUUGCGUUGAAAAACCCAGGAUUUUUGCUGGAACUCAAACAGCAAAACGCGUUUGUUCUUCAUACUUUGGGUCGCAGAACAACCAAAAAAAUAUUCAACAUCGUUAAAGAAGAUGUCAAGAAUAACGUAGACGCUCAUCAAAAACUUUUAAAAAAUUCCGUCAUGGUAAGGAAGUUGGGAAAAGAUUUUGACGCUGUUUUUGAAAAGAUCUUUCCGAAAAAUUUCCACGAAGACUUUUUAUUUUUGAAAUACAGUACCCCUUUCCGACUGUUGAGUUUGUACCCCAAAAAGAAAAAAUGGCAGUUGUUUUAUCGAACGUACGCGAAGAAAUUUCCUGAUAAAGAACUGUCAGACCUUUUGUCCGUCUUCGAUGAUUACAUAAUUAAACUCAAUGCGGAUAAAACCAUAAUUCAAAAGUGGGCUGAAAUUAAAUAUAAGGAUAAUAACGAUGAAGGAUAUCUUCCAUACUAUACUGACGUUCCUCAAGCGGUCACUUUGAUUAAGGAAAAAAUCAAUGUCACUUCUGACAAGUCUAACAGAGUACGUCUCGUUAAACUAUUGAUUGAUUCUUGUAAAAUAAAUGGCGAUCCAACUACAUUAGAAAAAGUGUUAGCAUAUAUUGUUAAAAGACAUAGAAAUGAGGAUCCUUCAGAUAGAAUCAACAUCUUGCGUUCUAUAAGUAGUAUCCAUAUGGAAAAACUCAAUGACAAGCACUGGCAACACAUCAGAACAUUGGUCAAAAUUAUCAAGGUUCAGAAAGACAUACAUUAUUAUGGGUGUAUAGGAGAUAUUGAUCAGAAUUACAUCGAGUACCUCAUUAAGAAGAAACAACCAAUCGGAGAUCCUGUAAGAGAAUACUUGGAGGAAUACGAUAAAGGGCUACAUCGAAUUGAACUUUUUUUCUCGGAUCCAUCGAUCCAUUCUAAAUUUAUCGAUGAAGUUUGUAAAGUUUUUCCACGAGUUGUUAAAAGUAAAAAUGUAUCAGAAUUAUUCAGCUAUGCCAUUGAUUUUUGUACAAGUAAGAAAAACCAUGCAUUGGAUUUAAAUAAGUAUCCCCACUUGGUUGAAUUUAUGAGGAAAGCAUUAAAGUCAGAGAAGAUUGACAAGAAGAAUUCUCAAAUUAUAAGACAGAUUUUUCUGUACAACGUUUCAUGUCCUGAAUACGCGUUUUCUAUUGAUGAAAGUUUUAUGUUACAUUUCAUUUUAGAACAGAUUGAGAAAAACUAUAUCUAUCUGCCAGAUUUGCUCAACAAAAUCAUAUUGAAAAAAGAAAGAACAGCCUUCGAGAACCAAGUGUUUAAAAUAUAUUGGGAGAAUAUUGAGAAACAUUACGACGCAAGUAUAGGAGAAUGGUUUUUUUUGCACGAUCCAAAAUCUGUCGCACCUUAUUUCGAUAAAAUUUCCUGUAUAAGCGCUAGCGGUAGAUACGGCAUUAUAUCGGACAAUGCGGCUGCGGCUAUAAAAUAUUAUUCGCAUUUCGGUUUUGAUAAAAACCUUUGUGAAGAGUACAAAGAGAAAGUGGAUUCAUUGCUGAAUCUUGAAGAUGAGGCAAUAAACUGUGCUGACUCUAUAAGACGUUUCAUAACACACCUUGCACAUUUGCUUUCUACUGAUGAUUUUUUGAAACUCGUACUAAAAUGUGUACCAGAAAAGCAUAAAAUCGAUGUUGAGGAUCCGAAAAUGAAAGAAUUAUUUGCGUUACAGACGGAUUUCAUUCGAGUUUUGCACAAGGUAGCAGAACCUUCAAAAAUGUUGGAUCCUUUGGUGAGAUUCUGUGUUGGAGAUUAUCUAAGGUACGCUCUUCAACCACUUUACAGUAUCAUGUACAGAUCUCCAGAGGAGAAAAUACGUCCUUGUAUAGAGACUUUAGCAAAAAGGUCAAUGUCCGUGAGAAAACACGCACUUUGUUUGAAUACCCUUCUUUUGGAUCAAAAAACUGCAGUUGAUACUUUGAAGAGUGCAAAAUCGACAGACAGUUCCGAGAAUAGUAAUAUAUUUCAAAAGACGAUAAAAUAUUUCCUAAAAAAUCCGUCCAAGGAUAUGUUUUCCUUAUGUAUGACACAUUUGAAAAUUAUUGAUAAAAACGACGUAGAAACCUUGGACAUGUUAAUAGAUAUUUCGUUUCCUCGAAGUUACAAAGCCGAAUAUCUGGAAAAUCUUUGGACAUUCUUCGAGGAUCUUAAAUCUAAAGGUGUAAAAAUUGAGAAAUAUUUGGACAGUAUCAUGUCAGCGAUAACCCUUGACGGUAAAGUCUUUACCGCUUUAUCUGACAGAUUCAUCUAUAAAAUUAUACACGACUAUUUCAAGUUUGAUAAUAUUUGUAAUAUCAGAUUGUUCAUGUUGGAAAUUUUACUUACAAGGAUAUCUGAUAGAGACAAAAUUUUCAAGGAGGUGUUCAAUGUGCUGAAAGAAGGUCACUACAAAGUAGCACGCAAUUUUGUUGAAGAAUUAUUCGAAUAUGUAAAACGUAAUAAAAAGGUAGUCGAGGACGAAACUUUUUUGGAGAUGUUCUACAAAUAUUGGAGCAUGAAGUUUCCUUUAGAAUACGGUUUGCAAGAACACAUUUCUUUGCGGAUAGUAGUCUAUUAUAAAAACUGUGCAACAACAGAAUCGUUUGCACAAAAUGUAGUCGAUUAUUUCGAACAUAUUUUGGAAAGAUAUGGUGCUUUAGUUUUGGAUAUAUUCAAAUCUGGGUUGGACUUAAUGUUGAACGCGUUAGAAACGAUUGAUAAAUACAAGUUCUACUUAAAUGCUAUGAGGUACAAACCUCGCCCUGAACUAUGUGUCUUGGUGAUUAAAAGCAUUGAAAAUAUUGAUUCAAAAUCGGAAGAGGAUUUAGUUAAGGUCUAUAAAGAAUUGAAUAACAUUUUGGCGAAUUUUGGAGAUGAAAUUUGUAAAAUUCAUUACCAAUAUUAUUUACUAAAAAAUAGCUCUAAUACGAUAUAAACAUCCCAAUGUUGGUUUUAUAAUUUUUGUUAGUCGUUAAGUAAGAAAUUUAUUUUCAGUUAUAAUAAUCUAACUCAUGGGUAAUGACAU